AUGGCUACCGAUAUUCAAAAUAUACCAGUAUCUGAUCAUCAUAGCGAGAAUCAAGUUGACGAUAUUGAUGAAAAAGACAGCAAUACAAUCCAAUCAGAGUCAAAUAUUGGACAAAGUGACAGUUAUCCAAAAGUACAAAUUAUCCUAGAAAGCGUAGAAGAUAAUAAUGACAAUGGCGAUGUAAAAAGAGUAACACUAGUCAAUGGAGGUGAAGAGGAUAAGGUAAACGAAGAGAAAGAACUUUCCCAAGUAGUCCAAGAAGAUAAUGUUCAAGAAAAUGGAAACAAUGAUCAAAGUGAAGACAUAGUUCCAUCACUAUCAGAUGAGAAUAUCAUUGUCAUAAAUAAUGUAAUUCAAGAUAGCGAACAAGUAGAAAAAAAUCAAUCUCUAGAUUAUUCUGGCAGCCUUGCAUCACUCAAAAAAACUGAUAUGUAUUACCAAGGUGUAUCAGAUGAUAUCAACAAUUGUGCCCAUGUCGUAUGGCCUUUAUGUUGCUCAAUUCAAUUAGAUUUUAAUGUCAAUGGACAAUAUGGAGGGUCUACUUCGCUUCUAAUCGUUUCUUCAACAUACAAUCGUGAAACUGCAGCCGCGUUGUUAAUGUUGCAAUCUGGCUUCGACUCAAAUCAUUGUCGCCUCUCUAUAAUCCAUCAGAUGUUAGGAAAAAAGCAUCAACCGACCUUUGGUGAUUGCAUAUAUGUUCAUCCUGAUGUUAAAGGCAAUCUGAUCCUAAAUAGCGGAUGUGGAGCUAAUUUUGUUACUAUCUUAUCGAAUCAUGCUCAUCAAACGAGCCUACGAUGUGGCUUAGUUUGCAUCCCUAAAGAUAACGAAUUAAUAUGUGAUUUACCCAUCAAGGUAGAUGAAUCAGAUGGAGGUGCAGCCAUUUUAUUAUGUAGUGCACCAUGUGAAGGCCGAGCAAAAGCAAAGUUAUCGGCAUUUGGUGCGCUUUAUCUUCUCAGAUUUGGUUCAGACGGCAAUAAUUUCCAUGGAGAGAAAUUAUAUGGCGAUAGUCAAUGGAAAUUUUCAACGAAAGGACCAAAUAGCCGCCUUAGAGUAUCAGGGCCUAAAGAAAGUACAUAUUGUCUUUAUCAUAAUAGACCAGACCGAUAUCAAGAUAUAAAAGACAGUAGCGUUUUCAGAAAUUUCACUUAUCAUACACAAGCCAUCGAUGGAGAAAGAAAGACGAUGAUUUUAAAGCUAGCGACAUCAAUAAAACAUUGCAUUUUUAUUGUUUUAUGCUCUCAUAGUUAUGGCAAUGAAGAUCGAACUAUUUCAGCUUUGUAUUUAUUGACCGUCUCGACGGAAGCUAGUGAAAAACGGAAGGUUAGAGCUGGCUAUUUUAAAGGUAGUGGUAGCAAAGGAAAUAAUUCCAACGUAUGGAAAUUUUCAUUAUCCAACGCAUCCAUUUACGUUUCCGGCCCGUCUGGACCUUGUCGUUAUGCUAUCUUAUCUAAUAUUAGCGAUAGUCGGUUAUCUCAUGGCAUGAAGCAAACUGAUCAUAACCAACAUGCCAGUUUAGCUAUAGCUGAUCGAUCAUUUUUACAUAGCCAAGUCGAUAUUGAUAAUGAAAAAAUUUCUGGUUGGCUUUCACAGUCUAGUACACUCUGUAUCACUGUCGACGAGAAAGAAGUAUUUCGUAUUAAGAGACAAGAAUUAAAUCAGGAAAGUGAAAACAAGUUUACAUUUUCCAAAUUGUGGCCUUCACGGCAACGAAUUCUUGGCCUUCAUUUAAUACGUGUAUUUGCAAUUGAUAGCAUUGGCGAUAUACCAGGUGUCGAAGGCUCUGAAAUUAAGGUAGAACUAAAUGGUUCUCCAAUGCAGCUAAUUCGACAACCUAACUACGUUGGUGUUGCUGUUAAUUGUGCUGGACCAUCCUAUGAAAAUUCGCAAGGAGUGGUAUAUAUAAGUGAGAAUAAUUUCUUACUAUCAUCGCAGAAAGGACUGCAAGGAACUAACCUAAAAGGAGUUUACCGGAAUCCAGUUCUGCAUCAAACUAUUAUGAAUACUGAUGAUGGCUUGCUUUAUAGCACCUACCGAACUUCAAAUGUUGCUGGCGAUGAAAAAGUAGUUAAAUACGAAUUUCCUAUAGAAAAUGGCAGUUAUAUCCUAAAGCUACAUUAUAUUGAGUCAUCCGUACAAUGCUGCAUAUUACAGGGAAAGAAUGCUACCAAGGACGUACAACAAGUCAUGAAAGAAAAUGAUGGAGAAUUAGAGCUUGGCAAUACAGCCAAUUAUAUUAACUUGCCCAUAUCUAUCGUUAAUGGUAAAUUCUCCAUGACACUAUUUGAGCAGCCGUUAUGUGCGUUUGCUUUAUUUCAUAGUAAUAAGAAAAAAUCAACAAUACAGUACUUAACUCCUCAAGAUGAUCAUCAGCAAUUGAGUAAUUUGGAUAAUAGAAUGUUUUGGAAAAUGGGAGGUAAUUGGAAAGUUUUUUAUGGAACUAAAGGAAAAGAUCGAGCGCUGAUAUUCGUUUCGAGCAAUACAUAUUGCAGGAAAUUUCAAGAAAUCCAGCUAACAGAUUAUUUUCCUGCUGAAUUUUGGGAUAAAUCGCCAGAUAUUCAAGCUUUUGAAUGGUACUCGGGAGGAUCGAGUAAUAAUAAGAACGAUAACUAUGAAUUCAAAGUGAAAUUAUUACGACAUGGUCGUAAAGUCGUGCGAGAAUACAAUAGUGGUCAGAUUACAGAUUUGUCCGCUAAUAAAUGGCAUAAAGAGGUUGUAACUUUUAGAAAUUACGGAACCGGAGUCAGAAUUAUACAUUUUGAAUCAUCAGGUCAAAAUGUAGACGGAAAAUUCCUGAAUCAAGGCCCCAUUAUGGCUAUGGCAUCUGUAAGAGUCAAGCUUAGAAAUAUACCGCGAGCUGGGGAUUCGUUAGGAGAUAUAACAUUGGGUAAAACUAAAUCAACGAAGAUUGGUCGACGUAGAAGAAUCUUGCAUCAAGUAUUCCUAGAUAAUAAAGGAUUACUCAGCGAUGACGAAAUUCUAAACCGUCAGAUGCAUAGUGCAAGUCACCGACUACGAAAAAAUAGUGGCAAGCUUUUUUCAGAACAUUCACUUAACACCAUCAAAGUUAAUGGAGAUAGCGAUAUUGAUAGCUUGCCAUUUAAAGAAUCAAUAUUAUUUGAUAAUCCAGAAAAUGAUUCAGAGGGUGAUUUACAGACUGGUAGUCUGCAAGAUCAAGAAAUGGAAGGACAGAAGCUAAUAGAUGAGGCAAAAUAA